GGGGCGGGGCCGCCAUAAUGGCGGCGGCGGCAGCGCGGCGGGGCCGGCUGGGCCGGGAGGGCCGCGCCAGCCUCGGCUCCUUCCUGCUCGGCGCCUCGGUGGCGGCGCUGCCGCUGCUGCUCGGCUCGUCCCCCGCCCUACUGGCCGCCCCUGGCCUCCGCGGCCGCCUGGCACUCGCCUUGCACGUGGCCGGCGUGAACGCGGCGCUGCUGCUGCUCUACCCGCGGCCGCUCUACAAGAUCGCCGUCCGGGCCUGUUUCCUGGGCUUUGCCUUCGGCUGCGGGGUGCUGCUGAGCGCCGGCCGCUCCGCCUGGCGCCACUUCGGAUGGUACAUGUGCUCCCUCUCCCUCUUCCACUACUCGGAGUACCUGGUGACAGCCAUCAACAACCCACGCAGCCUCUCACUGGACUCCUUCCUGCUCAACCACAGCUUCGAGUACAAUCUGGCUGCCCUGUCCUCCUGGGUGGAGUUCACGCUAGAGAAGCUCCUCUUCCCAGAGCUGAAGCAGAUCACCUGGCUGAGCACCGUGGGGCUGCUGAUGGUGAUCUUCGGGGACUGCCUGAGGAAGGCGGCCAUGCUCACAGCCGGCUCCAACUUCAAUCACAUCGUGCAGAACGAGAAAUCCGACACCCACACCCUGGUGACCAGUGGGGUGUACGGGUGGUUCCGGCACCCGUCCUACGUGGGAUGGUUUUACUGGAGCAUUGGAACACAGGUGUUGCUCUGCAAUCCCAUCUGUGUGGUUGGCUAUGCACUGGCAUCCUGGCGCUUCUUCAGGGAGCGGAUCGAGGAGGAGGAGAUCACACUCAUUCACUUCUUUGGAGAAGAGUACCUGGAGUACAAAAGGAAGGUGCCAUCGGGUCUCCCUUUUAUUAAAGGAGUCAAAUUGGAACUGUAAUGCAGGUGAAAACCAGACUGGCUGAGCAAACGCCCGGCUCCCGCCGUGCCAGGUGCCUGCGUGGCAUCAGUGUUGGGACGUGCCUGUUGGUAUUUCCCAGCCACCCAGAAGGAGCUGGUGGAGGGCUGUGGCACUGGGCAGCCUGCCGGGAUUCUUGCAGAUCAGAAGCUCGUUCCUCCUCCUUGAGAUCAGCCCUUCAUUGCACAUUCAGGGAUCUUCCAGAUAACUUAGCCUGUAGCGACCCUAAAGAGAAUGAAUUGUCCUGCCUGCAGCAGCUGAAUUGUCCUGGAAUGCCUCUGGACCAAUUCUGCUGGAGAGCAGCACUGCCCUCUGGGCCCCAGGCAGAGGAGGCGCUGGGCAGUAGAUUGUUCCUGUUGCAUAAUUCAAUUUUAAAGCUUUCUGACCUCGUGAGCCCAGUGCUGCAGCUUUAAUCUCCUUGGGCCCGACUCCUUGACUUGGCACUGGGGUGGCCAUGGGAGCAGCCUCCAGCUCUGCCUGCCCUCAGAGCGCUGGCAGUGUGGCACCACUCGGCUCUCUCCAGGCCUUGGCGUCCGCAGGGAGAGAUCCAAGCACCGCUGAGCCUGCUCCUUCUCCCUCAGCUGCUGCUGCGGAUGCGGAGUCAUCGCUGCAGCCGCUGCCUCCCGCCGCCACCUCUGUUCCCUCUUCCCGCUUCCAAAUCACGCUGCUUCCUAUCCUGCCAGGCCACCUCUGUCCUGCAGAGAUCCCAGGAUUUUGGGUUGGGAAAGAACCACAGCUGCCAGGCUUGCUAAGGGCUUUAGCACCCGAGAUCCUCACCUGCUCUUUUGGGCAAAAGCCAGGAUGUUGGGGCAAGUAGGAGAUGCUCCUAGGGAAAUCUCCAACCAGGAGAAGAGUUGGGCUAGCUAAAACUCUUUUAAAUGUGACCAUUUUGAAAUGGUUCCCACUGAGCUGUGUGGCAUAACUUAUUCUGUCGUUAUAUACCAAAGAGGUUCACUGUUUCCUUGA